UCUGAUGUCAGGUGCAUUAAAUCAUGUAAAAGUAAGAAAAGAAAAGCCGCUCAUGUCCUAUAAAAGGGAGUGUGCAGAACCACAAACUGAAAGGAAAGGAUUGAAUUGGAAACAUUUAAAUUAUUAUAAAGGAUCAAGUUAAUUUUUUCUAUUGGAGUCACUCUGUCCAGAGCCACAUAAGCAAAGCAAUGGGAUCAAGUGAGUCUAAAGCUCCUCCAGUGUCAGCUUGUCAGCCACCGAGGCCGGUGACACCUCCUCCACCACUCUUAGAGCAGCCAUGGAGGAAGGUGACAGAGAAGUACAAAGACAAUCUUGAGUUUGUGAAAUCUUACCAGCCUGAAAACGAACAAGUCAAAUAUCUCAGGAUUCUGCUUUAUGGACCAGUUGGUGCUGGAAAGUCGAGCUUCAUCAACUCUGUCGACAGCGUUUUAAAAGGCAGACCUGCUGGUCCAGCUCCAACAGAUGCAAUCUCUGGGAGCAGCUUCACCAAACAGUACAAGACCUUCAAAUUUCCCAAAAGUCCAGGGGUCAAAUACUCUUUUGUGUUCAAUGACAUCAUGGGCCUUGAGCAAGAUUCUGACAGUGGAGUCUCUGUGAAUGACCUCAAACUGGCCCUGAGAGGACACGUGAAAGACGGUUACAAGUUCAACUCUAAAAAUCCACUGAUGGAGGGUGAUGAUGGCUACAACUCCCUUCCCACUUUGGAAGACAAAGUUCACGUUCUGGUGGGUGUGGUUCCUGCAAACGCAGUGUCUAGGUUAAGUGCUGAGAUGGUGAAGAAGAUUAGAGAGGUCAGAGAGGCAGCCAGUGAACUGGGAAUUCCCCAAAUGGCUAUUAUCACCAAAGUUGAUGACGCCUGUCCCGAGGUUAAAAAGGACACUUGCGAUAUCUAUAAGAGCAAGUACCUGAAGGAAAAGGUUGAAGGAUUCCACCAGCUGCUGGGCCUUCAAAUGAACUGCAUCUUCCUUCUGAAGAACUACAAUGAGGAAACUGAGUCAAAUGACGAAAUGAACGCUGCGAUAGUGUGCGCACUGAAACAGAUGCUUCACUAUGGAGACGACUACCUCAACGACCUGGAAACAUGAAUUCCCCUGAGGCAAAAACACAGUAUGUGACUUUUAGGGGAAUGAGGAAAUAUUCAGACAAUGUUUACUGUCUUUGGCAAGCAGGCAAGCUUGAAGCAUGAAAUAUGGAAUAAAAAUGCAUAAAAAUUA